AUGUAUUGAGUUUACGCCUCUACAUGAAUGGCAAGAGGAUGAGGUUUUGUAUAGGAGGAUAAUGAAGAUUCCGUUUUUCGCAAAGUUCCCGAAAUGGAAAUUUGUGACAGUGUGGAGGACGACUGUGGUGAAAGAGAAGAUUCAGCGGUGCCGGG